AUGAAAUACCUUAUUGCCUUAUUGCUAGUAUCAACCAUAUUGGCAGCUAUUCCAACUAAAGUUACCAAUUGUAUGGCCAAUCCAAAAGUUGUUUUCACUGAGGCAACCUUCAGUGUUACUCCAGCUAAGGGUGUAGAUGAAACAAUCACACUUUAUGGAUCAGCUAAUGAGCAUGCAGAAUUAGCCAACGUACAACUCAAAGCUAAAUGGAAUGGCAUGGAUGCUUUUGAAGACAAUUACCCAGAAGAUGAAGUCUAUGACAAAGGAGAUCGUGUCACCUAUGAAUUGACCUAAAACUUCCCAACUUUUACUCCAUCUGGCAAAAUUGUUGUCUAAAUGUGGUUCUAAAAUGCUAAGGGAACUAACUUUGGUUGUGCCGAAGUAGGAUUUGUUAUUUGAUUCCUAUAUAUAGAUGUUCAUUAAAUAAGAUCUAAAACUCAUAUUAAAAA